AUGGCUGACGCUGCUACCGCGAAGGCCCCGGCGCCGAAGGUGUCCAAGCCAAUGCCUGCUUGGAAGAGAUACUACCUCAUCUUUUACAAUGCUGUGUCUGCACUUCUGUGGUCUGUCGUCUGGGGGAGAGUAGUCGGCGUGUAUGCCCUGCGCGGCUUAGGCGCCUAUACGCUCGUUCCGAGUGUGACGCUCGAGUUCACCAAAUGGACGCAAACACUGGCUGCGAUGGAGAUUCUUCACUCUCUACUGGGCAUUGUGCGCGCCCCCUUGUUCACAACCGCGAUGCAGGUUGGUAGCCGCUUCGGCAUUGUAUGGGUAGCCACCUACUUCUAUCCGACCGUCGCCUACAGCCCGUGGUACUCGUCGAUGCUGCUCGCCUGGAGCACGACCGAGGUCGUCCGCUACCUCUUCUUCGCGCUCACACUAGCCGACUACCAGCCCUACCCGAUCUUCUGGAUGCGCUACAGCGGCUUCUACAUCCUCUACCCUAUCGGCAUCUCUAGCGAGCUGGCCAUGAUGUACUUUGCGUUCCUGAAGGCCCGCGAGCAAGGCGACGACCUGAUUGCCAUUGGUCUCGUGGCGAUUGCUGUUGCUUACAUCCCUGGGAGCCCUAUAUUGUACAAUCACAUGCGCAAACAGCGAAAGAAGGUUAUGCGCAGCCAGAAGACUGAGUAA